CGGCGGGGCGGCAACCCCGGUCUGGUGCCCUCUGCUCUUCAGGGCAUUCCCCGCGGCUCUGGCUUCGCCGACGAGGACUGGGGAGUGCGACUGUGUCUCGGGCAGCAUGGCCGAGAAGCGGCACACAGUGGACUCCGAAGCCCAGCGGCUCCCCGUCUCCUUCAAGGACAGCCCCAGUACAGGCCUUGGACCUUGUGGAUGGAUUUUGGUGGCUGUCUCAUUCUUAUUCACAGUUGUAACUUUCCCGCUCUCAAUAUGGAUGUGCAUAAAGAUUAUAAAAGAAUAUGAAAGAGCCAUCAUCUUUAGAUUGGGUCGUAUUUUACAAGGAGGAGCCAAAGGACCUGGUUUGUUUUUUAUUCUGCCGUGCACUGACAGCUUCAUCAAAGUGGACAUGAGAACUAUUUCAUUCGAUAUUCCUCCUCAGGAGAUCCUCACUAAGGAUUCAGUGACAAUUAGCGUGGAUGGUGUGGUCUAUUACCGUGUUCAGAAUGCAACCCUGGCUGUGGCAAAUAUCACCAAUGCUGACUCAGCGACCCGCCUUUUGGCACAAACUACUCUGAGGAAUGUUCUGGGCACCAAGAACCUUUCUCAGAUCCUCUCUGACAGAGAAGAAAUUGCACACAACAUGCAGACUACUCUAGAUGAUGCCACUGAUGCCUGGGGAAUAAAGGUGGAGCGUGUGGAAAUUAAGGAUGUGAAACUACCCGUGCAGCUCCAGAGAGCUAUGGCUGCAGAAGCAGAAGCGUCCCGCGAGGCCCGCGCCAAGGUUAUUGCAGCCGAAGGAGAAAUGAAUGCAUCCAGGGCUCUGAAAGAAGCCUCCAUGGUCAUCACUGAAUCUCCUGCAGCCCUUCAGCUCCGGUACCUGCAGACACUGACCACCAUUGCCGCUGAGAAAAACUCAACAAUUAUCUUCCCUCUGCCCAUAGAUAUGCUGCAAGGAAUCAUAGGGACAAAGCACAGCCACUAGCCUAGCAUAGAGGUGAGUGCUACCCUUCCAAGGAUGAAGUGAGGGACCAAAUUAGCCUUUAACUCAUAGAAUAGGGCUUGAAUAUUCUCCCCCCCUUUCCUUUUCCAUAUGUCAAUUGUGGUGUUCCCAGAAUGUAUAGCAGUUAUAAAAAUAGGUGAAAGAAUUGUUAGCUUGUAGAUACUGAGAGAUUGGUGAUUUAUGUAAGGUAAUCUGUUAGUCUUUAAAUAGUUAAAAGUUUGUAUUUUUAGAUUAUUAUGUAAUAGGUUA